UGUGGAAUAUUAAUUAUUAAUGGCAUCGGGAAUCGGGAAGUAGAAAAUUCAAAAUAUAAAUUAUUUUCUUUGCUCUGUCUACGAAUGUGUUAUUUGUUUUGAAUGAAUUCAAGAUGUCCAAAAUAUUCACACCAACGAAUCAAAUUCGCCUAACAAAUGUGGCUAUUGUGAGGUUAAAAAAGGGUGGUAAAAGAUUUGAAAUAGCAUGUUAUAAAAAUAAAGUAGUAUCUUGGAGAAAUAAAAUAGAGAAAGAUAUUGAUGAAGUGCUACAAACUCACACUGUAUUUACAAAUGUUUCAAAAGGGCAGGUAGCUAAAAAAGAAGACUUGUUAAAGAUUUUCGGUAAAGAAGACCAGACAGAGAUAUGCAAGGAGAUCUUAGAUAAAGGGGAGUUACAAGUUUCUGAUAAAGAGCGCCACUCGCAAAUUGAUUCUCUCUUCAAAGAUAUUGCCACAACUGUAGCUGACAAGUGUGUUAAUCCAGAAACCAAAAGGCCAUAUCCUGUCUCAAUUAUAGAAAAGGCCAUGAAGGAUAUUCAUUUUUCUGUCAAUGUAAACAAAAGUGCGAAACAACAAUCAUUAGAAGUUAUACCACUAAUUAAAACAGAGAUCCCUCUCGAAAGAGCUCAAAUGAGGGUAAGAAUACUUUUAAGUGGCAAAGAUGCACGCAAAGUAAGGGAUAAAGCUGUUAAGCUUGCAAUGAACGUUGAAGAAGAAAAUUGGGAAGCUGGAACUGCAAAUAUAAUUUGCCUAAUUGAUCCUGGUAGUUUUAGAACCUUAGAUGAGAUGAUCAAGACAGAUACAAAGGGGCAUGGACAGUUUGAAUUAUUAAAUUUGAAAGAAAUGGUGGAAGGCGAGCAAGCUCUUUAAAUAUGUCAAUAAUAUAAUUAAUAUUUCAUAAUAAGUACCUAUUGAAUAAUAUGUAUAAUAAGUACCUGUAGAAUCUUUUCUAAUUUGAAUAAAAUCUUGUGACCUUUUUAAAAUAAAACCAGUUGU